UAUGCCUAGAUCGCGGAUAAAUGGAAAUUUUAUUGAUAAGACCUUUUCAAUUGUAGCCAAUAUCUUAUUGCAAAUAAUUCCGACAACUUCAGGAGAAAAGGAGGCAUUUACCUAUUACAGAGAUGGUGUGAUGUCAGCUCAAUCCGAAGGAAAUUAUGCAGAAGCUUUACAGAAUUAUUAUGAAGCUAUGCGACUAGAAAUUGAUCCCUACGAUCGAAGUUAUAUACUCUAUAAUAUAGGUCUUAUCCAUACAAGUAAUGGAGAACAUACGAAAGCUUUGGAAUAUUAUUUUCGAGCACUAGAACGAAAUCCAUUCUUACCACAAGCUUUUAAUAAUAUGGCCGUGAUCUGUCAUUACGGAGAACAGGCCAUUCACCAGGGCGAUUCUGAAAUUGCGGAGGCUUGGUUUGAUCAAGCUGCUGAGUAUUGGAAACAGGCUAUAGCACUUACUCCUGGUAAUUAUAUUGAAGCACAUAAUUGGUUGAAGAUCACGGGGCGUUUCGAAUAA